CAGAAGGAAGCAAGGAGAGUGCACCGGAGAGAUGUCCUUGAAAACACCGAAAUUGAGCCAGAGGAGCUGGAGGACACCUCCCAGGUGAUCCUCUUCCCUUCCACAGAUGUGCCCUGCGAGCCCUCACAGCCGGACAAACUGCUGGAGGAAGAAGGGAUUUUCACCUACCUCUUCCAGCCCUCAGCGCACACCCUGAGCCGUGCAAUGACCUCUGCCCAGCUCUGGUUUUACACCGGCCCCUCAGCAGCUCCCAACCACUCGGUCCCCGAUGUCCUGACCCUGUCGCCGCACGGCCGUGUGCCACUGACAACUGAGCACUGGACCGUGUUUCACUUCGCACCAGCACUGCUGCCCCAGCUCUCGCAGCCACUCUUCAUGCUCCUGGUGCGCUGCCCUGGCUGCCCCUGCCUGGCUGAGGAGGACAAGAUGCCCUUCUUGGUGGCCACCACCCGUACCAAGGGUGGUGAGAGGGCUCGUCGCUCCACCGUGCCCUGGUCCCCAGCUGCCCUGAGCCUGCUGCAGCGCCCAUCUGAGGACCUGGCCGCCCAUACCAACUGUCGCCGGGCUUCCCUUAACAUCUCCUUUGAGGAACUGGGCUGGGACAAUUGGAUCGUGCAUCCCAGCAGCUUCGUUUUCCACUACUGCCAUGGGAGCUGCACCAUGGGCCACGGGCUGAGCCACCGCCUGGGUGUGCAGCUCUGCUGCGCCGCCCUACCUGGCACCAUGCGCUCCCUGCGUGUCCGCACCACCUCCGAUGGCGGGUACUCCUUCAAGUACGAGACAGUGCCCAACAUCCUGGCCCAGGACUGCACCUGCAUCUAG